AUGCCUCCAUCACCACCCACCUACGCCGACCAGCAAGCCUGGAGAGACAUCCAGGCCUAUCUCCCCAGCCGGCUGCACUUCACGCCCGAGCACUCCCCCGUCGAAGAGUUCUGGUCUCACCGCGGACACACCCUCCACCUCGACCGGUGGCCCAACCCUUCCUCCAAGGUCCGCCUCAUCCUCCACCACGGCGUCGGCACCAACGGCCGCCAAAUGUCCCUCCUCCUCGGCGUGCCCCUGCACACCGCGGGCUUCGACCUCGUCGCCAUCGACAUGCCCGGCUACGGGUGCACCCGCGUCUCCCCCCAGAACAAAAACUACCCCUACGACGAGUGGGUCCAGAUCGCCAGCGACCUGAUCGACCGCGAGAUGCGCGACGACCCCCGGCCCAUUGUGCUCUACGGCCUCUCCGCCGGCGGCAUGCUCACCUACCACGCCGCCGCCAAGAACAAGCGCGUCAGGGGCAUCAUCGGCAUGACGUUUCUCGACAUGCGCAUCCAGCAGGUUGUCGACGCGACGGCGAGGAACAUCGUCAUGUCCCGCGCGGGCAUACCCCUUGCCAAGGUGGCCAAUGCCGCGGGCCUGCCGUGGUUCAGGCUGCCCAUGUCGUGGGCGAGCAAGAUGUACGCGCUGGUGAAUGAUGCCGCUGCGCUGCGUGUGUUUCUCAAAGACAAGUCGUCGGCGGGGGCCAUGGCGUCGGUGCGGUUUCUGGCGACGUAUGCGGGUUAUCGGCCGGCGUUGGAGUACGAGGACUUUGACGUGUGUCCGGUCUUGUUGACGCAGCCGGCGGACGAUAGGUGGACGCCCUUGCGUCUGAGUGAGCUGGUUCUCGGGAGGGUGAAGAAGGUGCCGGUGCGGAUUGUAGAGCUGGAGGGGGCUGGGCAUUACCCCUUGGAAGAUAGGGGGCUGCAGCAGAUGGUAGAUGCUAUUAUUGAGUUUUUGAGAGAGGUGGAACAGCAAGUGUGA